AUGUCAAUGAUCAAACAUGUUCGCGGACGACUCUCUGGGUAUCAGGCCAAUAUCGAUCCACAUGAAUGGCGAUUACCGUCAUCCUACUCCACGUCGGGAUCGGGCAGUCGAGGGGGAGACAGCACCACCACUACCACGGUCAUCCCGAACCCGAAAAUCUUUAGAAAUGUAUUCAUACCCAGCGACCCUUCUUUGGGGAUGAUGGAAGGAAACCUCGUUUACCCGGAUGUGGGCCAUGCGGCAUUGCACUUGGCUCUACUUGAGUGCUUCCGCAAGUUGAGGAUGACUGCCAGCAAAUUGGACGUCGAGGUGGAACAGUUAGCGGCAUAUUCUGAGAAGGCUGACGAAGCAGAAGAAGAAGAAGAGGUUAACAGUGCCUCGCCGACUCGACUACCAGAAUCUGAGCGUUGGGAUUUACUGAUUCGACUUGCCGUCACUCGCUUCACAGUCUGGUGGAUGAACAUCGACCGGGUGCUGUACCAUGCCACGGCCUUUGUCCACCACGCUGGAGACAAGUCUGUGGUUCAGUUGACAAAGGAUUACUUGCCUCCCUUGGACGUCCUUCUCGUCUGGUACGCCUUCAUGCUCGACGACAAUGAGGUUUACACCACCACCUGUUCCAUCCGACCAUCUUCAAAGGUCGGGGGGAUAUGUUUCCCCUGGCCUGCCAUCCGCGACGCCCUCGACUUGAAUACCAUGACCUUCACACUGCCACGAGCGGCAGAAAACCUAUUCUCGACCUUGACAUCUCAAUCCGCAGACAUCCUCACGUACCUUGAAAGUCCUCCGGCAUACGUCGAAUGUCCCGAGUUGCCUGUCAAGAUCGACCUCUUUGACAACGUCAGGCGACAGGAGAAGUUCAUGGACGUCGCUCAUGAUCUUUUGUGGAUCCGUUCUCCAGCUUUGAGGGGGUCUCUGGAACGAGCCAGCGCCGAAUAUCUCGAGUUCCAGCUCUCUGAGAAUGCUGAGGACACGCCGCCCAUCGCAGAAAUCCCUUUUGGCCUAGACUUGAUCUGGAAAACACACAGGCUCUAUCCCAUACAGUAUCAGUUCUUUCGCAAGGGAAUUCUUCUGUCACCGUCGUCGACCUUAUCCACGGAUGUGAAGACACCACCUUCACCUCAGAUCAGUGUCGACUCGCUUGACGAAACGGCAUGUCCCGCUUCAGAGUGCUGUUGUUGGGCCUGUGAGCGUCUUCGUGACGAGAUCCCGUCUUUCAGCUAUGACAAAUUCACUUCAACGCCUCCGGCCUAUGAUGUUUCUCUGGUAGCGUCUUUAUCCUCGGAACAGCUUCGGUCGGUACAAGAUGAUCUGGGAUUUUACAAGGCCGUUGAACGCGCGCGACGUCACGGGUUACCUCUUCCGACACGACCACCGACGGCGGCUGAAAAGGCGGCUGAGAAGACGGCGACCAAGAAACGGGCCGAGAUCGGUCGUCUUCCAGGCUUGAACGAGUACGUCGUCACUUUGCCAAAUGGGAAGAAGAAAAUCAAGAAAGCGAAACGUUUGAGUGCCACUUAUGGAUUGAUGGUAUGA